AGAAACAUUAGGUAAAUACAAUUAAAAAACUAAAAUAUCCAAAAAAGAAUUUAAAAAUGUCGAUAAAAAGGGGCAGGUGUUCUUAUCGUUUUAUCUCCAAAACCAAACACUCAACCAAAACUCAUCUCAUCUUUUUUCUAAUUACAGCUUUGAAACAGAACACAAAACCAAACAUCUCCACUUCCGUCUCUAUGGCUCGUUCCCUUUCGAUCUCUCUCUCUAAAACCCGACUCACCACAGCAGCUGCAGCCUCUCUCCUCCCUUCGUCACGCCUCUUAUCCUUCCGAUCUCAAUCCUCCGAUCGCGGCGGCGAUCUCCACGAAACCGACACCGCCUCGCCGUCUGAUCCAUUGAUACAGAAGCUCGAGGACGCCGUUCACCGGAUAUUCGUCCGACGAGCGGCGCCUGAUUGGCUCCCGUUUGUUCCAGGCGCUUCGUACUAUGUCCCGCCUCCAGGAUCCGGGUCCCAGACUCAUGGGGUCGCGCAGCUCGUUGCGAAGCUGGCUAAUCCGUUGACGGACGAAGAAACUCUAUCCACCAAUUCGUCUCACGGUUGGCCUUCCUCUGAUUAUUUCCUCAAAGAUGCACAACCUCGAUUGAUGGAGACUAAGAUCGAGACUAGUUCAAAUACUGAGUAUCACUCUGAGGACGAGGAAGGUUAAAACUGUACUAUUUUGAAGAUAAGGAUCAUAUGAAAACGAGCAGGUAGGACUAUUAUGACUACGGCCAUACCAAAGUGCAACCAUGUUUGUUUUAUUAAUCCCAAAAUGUAAAAUAUAUUCGAAUAAGAGUAGUUGUAUGUAUGUAUCUUUUACCCAUUGCUCUUGUAUAUAUUUCUGUUCACGAGAAGGGGUAUAGGGAUCAACUUCAUUGGAA